AUGGUUGCAAGGGAUCGAUUUGGUAGAUUUGUGGUUGUCGAUGGGUAUGAGGUGUAUUAUGGUGAUUGUGUUGCCACGGUUACUGGGUUGGAUGCAGAUAGACUAGGUUAUUUUGACAUUGAAGAUGAAAUAAAGAAGUUGGGAUAUGAAAAUUGGGGUAGAAUAUGUUAUAAGCAUCGGACAACACGUGAAUUUAAAGAUAUAACAGAUGAUGCUGGUGUUAUGGACUGUUUGGGUCAAAUGGUAUCUGAAGUUGCUGAGGUAGACCAAGCAAAGGAUACUAGUGAAAAGCUGGUUGAUACUAGUGACAAGCUGAUUUGUGCUGAUAAGAUGGUUGUGAAGUGA